AGACUUGUUUUCAAACAGUCAUCCGGAUUGCCUCGUGGUCGUUCGACGCUGACAUACCGAACCGGAGACAUUGUAUGUCAACGCACCACGGGGAAAGAAGCAAUGACAUCGAGGAAGAUGGAUGGAAAUGAGAAUCCGGAAUUCGGUGCAUAUCGUUAUUGACCGAUAUAUUUCGUCUCGAUCUCUCGUGUCUGAAAGUGAGAAGAUUUUUGCCCGCGACCGAGCCGAUAUCGAUAGAUAUCGAGGGAUAUCGCGCGAUAUCGCCGCGCGAGGGAACAAUACGAGUGAAUUUUGGUGGAUUUCAAGUGGUAUCGGUGAUUUGCUGCCGAGGAGCAGGAAGCGAGUCUAAACAGACAGCCGUCAUCGCCUCCUCAAAGACCGAUCCCACGAACGAAUCUCGAUGAACUGUGGACGUUUUGUCGACGACGAAAAAAUAGAGAAUUGGCCCCUGUCGAAGAGAGAACGAUUCGUGACGAGCGAGCCGAGAAAUCGUCGGGCUUGAAACGGGUCCAAACUUGACGAGAGAAGAGACUUGGGUUAAUUCGUUCAGAAAUUAGCGUUGGGAAGAGGAAGGGUGGAAAGUGGCAGGUGUCCGAUUGGUUGGCUCGCGAUGGGUCGAAAGCAUAAACGCCGGCUGAUACCGGAACAGGAUCGCAGGAUAUGCGGGAGUAUCUGCUUCUGUCAGUUCACCAUUGUGAUCAGUUGUGUCGCGUUGGUUUAUCUAAGCGUGGCGAUCUAUAUGCCGUCCCACAGAGCUUUUCACGCGGGGAUCGAUCCCGAUCCGGUCAUGUGCCAAACCGUUAACACCACCUUAACUAAUAAUUGCGGUUGGGCGAGUUGCGGGGAGUGGUGCUUGACAAGAACCACAGGAUUCUGCCCUCAGAUCCACGCGACCGUAAGAAGGAAUGGGACAGACAUCGUUUUCGAAAAUUGCACGAAAUUCAGCAGCAUAUCUUGCCCGCAGGUGAACACGGCUUCUCUUAAAAAAUACAAUUGCAACAACGGCAGUGAAUGCAGCGUGCUUUCCGGCUUAUUUAACUGCAGCCUUGGCCACUGCAUAAACAUAAGCGAGUUGAUGUUGUGCCAUUACAAGGCUGAUGGCAUUGUCGUGGACAGCGAGAAGGACAACAUGAAACUGAACGGCUUCUUCAGCUGUCACAACUCGAGAUGCACGAAAAUCAAGAGCCCGUUCAGCUGCGAUCGUUAUUGUCCCGAUAUCGUCACGUCGGAUGUGAACGUGUUCCUUAUGCAGGAUGACAACAUCGUCACAGCGAAAUGCGAACGCGGCCUGGCGCUGAACAAAGCGAAUGGAAAUCUGCCUGGCGUCAGGUUAGCCACGCCUGACCAAUUUUGGGAGGAUCGAAACGGGAGCAUUAUUGUUAGCUGUUUGGCGGUGGACAAGAAGAUGAACGACUUAAGGACACAGGACUGCGUGAACGGCACCUUGUUAAAGGAGAUCCCAUUACCUCAACCGACCAUCAACUUCACGAGUUUUCUGAACAUAUACGAGAAGAGUUUGCAAUAUCCAGUGGAUCCUACGAAUAUCUAUGUACCUGCGCAACGAUCCCUCACGAUCUACAACAGUUCUCGCCUCUACAUCAAUUUCGAGGGUUGCGUCAAUACCCUAAAAGGGGAAUGUAAAGAUUUCCUCGCCACUCACGGCCGAGAUGGCGACAAUCAGACGGCGCAGAGUAGAUAUCCCUGUUACUACAACAAGAAUAACUCACUGCUAGUCGUGGCACGUUUCGACCUGAACAAAACGCGGACGGAAUUGCUGAUCGCCAUCAUCGUGCCGUCCGGCCUGUUCGUCAUCAGCCUCACCACCCUGAUCGUGAUAACGCGAUCGGUGCAGGUGGGCGACGACGCGAAGAUGCGUUGCCGCUACUGCGUGGACAAGCAAGAGGUCGAGGGCGAGGACGAAGGGCUGGUCGAGGCAACACCCUCCUCGUCUCAAGGCCAGAUGAACGAGAACGAGAUCAAAAGCAUGGCGCUUUAGCAGUUUAAGGCGUCUGGGGCGAGCACCGUGCUCCGUUACGAGAGGGUGCCAUUGAUCGACACGGACGAAGCCGAGGAUUCUUUUUGAAUCACGAUGAUUAUCACGUCUCCCUUCGCGGGGACACGAUGUGAGCUUGAUGGAACAAUUGUUUCUUGGCAAUUGUUGAAUUCGCUUGGUGGACGUCGUUUACGUCGGGGAUGGAGUUUAAUUGCAGUGAGUAAUAAAAAUGUUCGGGCAUUAAGAAGCAUAUGGUUAACUAAAUGGUAAUGUAAAACGUGGAGAAACAAGGUGGAAUAAAUUUUUCUUUCGAGGUCGUUUGAGAUCUGUUUGUCGGGGACAAUUCUCGAAAAUCUAUCUAAACGAGAAAAAAGAAAUUUGAUUCUACGUUUUUUUCUUUUUUAUACGUAGAAUAAAUUCAUUUGAGAUUCAUUGAGAAAAUGAUUACACGAGUUAACCACAUCUUCGAAAUUUUUCCCUGAAUUGUUCACUGUAUAUAUAAAACUGUUAAAAGCUGAUUAUUCUUUGUUGUUGUUGUUGUUUGUGGAACAAUAAAAAGUGUAUUCUUCUAUGUGAAAUUGACCGACAUACGUGUAUUUCUUUGUGUGAAAUCGACUGAUAUGAAAAGAGACGAACUAAAUCGUGCAGUUUUCGAUUGUGCAAACGCUUCAGCUGUAUCGCACUGUUUACGAACGAAUUGAUUGAACGCUUUUCGAAAAACGAUCAUCGACUCGAUUAAUCGCUAUAUAAUACUUUUAUAAAAAUGUGAAAUAAUACAAUUGACGAUCAAAGAUAUCGUAUUUUAAAUCAAACUACAUAAGAACAAAGGGUACAAGUGAUUUAAUUGUGAUUGAUAAAAUUUUUUUAAACAGAAAGACUGAUCUUUAUUUAUUUUUUUCUUUUCUUUUCUUCGAUGAGCAUAAUCGUUUUUAAUCCAUCAGAUUUUAUUACGUGUCGAGACAAAUCGAGCAAAUCGGUCGAGUUGUUGAAUUCGAUUGGAAUAUUAUCGAUCAAUUGGCGAUUUGUAACAUGCGUUCUCUUCGUGCAGUUUCCGUACGAGCGCACAAUAUAUAUGUGUUCGAAGUGAAUAUUUUAUUGUUUUCGAUAUUAUUCGAUCCCCGUAUAGGAAUUUUAUCACUCGUCCAAAGAGGAAAAUUAAAGUCCUUGGCGCAGCACAAAUAUUUCCAAUGAGAAAUAAAUUUCUCUGUUGGGCGUGUAUCGAAAACAAAAUUUCAGAAUGAAUCGAAAGGAUAUUGGAUCGUCUUCCCGAUGGAAAAAAAAAAAAAAAAAAGAAAUUGAGGUGCGAGAAAAAGGUUUUAGAAAUCACCCAUAUUAGGGGCCAAAGUAAAUCGAACACUUUCACUGCGGAUGUGUUCAACAAACUCUGUAUGAUUUUUAAUAUGUUUUAAUUUUUAAUAGAAUUUUAAAAGAAUAAAAAAUAUUUUAAUUAUAAUAUUCGAAUUUCUCAAUUAUUUAUUCAAUGAAUAAAUAAAAUAUCAUUCUGAUUGAUUAAAAUCAUUAUUGAAAAUUAUUAUAAUUUUCACAGAAAAUUGAUUUUCAUGCUUUUAAAUCCGCAGUGAAAAAGAUCAAAUAAUUAUUUAAUCGAACAUUUGUAUACUUCUUAUGAAUAUUUACGUCAUCACCGAUGCCUUGAAUGAUUCUACUUUGAAUAUUUGAGCUAACGCGAUAUUCAAUCCACAAUAUUAACAUAAUAAUUCUUAAAAAGUCAGAUUUCUUAAAUAUCCCAAUUAAAGAAAGUACCUUUUACUUCGCCUUCGAUGAAGAAAGUUUUUUUUAAAAAUUAACGAUAAGACUUACUUCUAAGAAUUGACUUAAUUGAAAAUUCACGAUCAAAGAAAGAAGCUUCGUAUUAAAUUUCGUAAAUAGUUAAAGAAUACACGCGAUAAAUAUUUUCUUGAUGUACAAAUAAUAGAUCUCGUAGAAUGGGGGAGGGAAGGGAAAGAAGAGGAGACAAUUUUCAAAUGAAAACGAGACAUCAACUUGCGCAACAAUACGAUAGAGUAUUAUUAAUCUGUUAAUUGUAAAAAAAAAAAAAAAUUACGUGUUUCUCCGUUGCUGAUAAUUUAAGGCACGAUGGAAAAAUGCCAUAAUGAUGCUUUCGGUGUGUAAGGUAGAUUAGAAUUUAUUCUGUAGAAGUUAUUCGUUAGGUUUCCAGUUUUCGAGCGUACACUGAAACCGAUUUAACCUCGGUUGAUCUCGAGUUUCGACUGUCAACGAACGUACACAUUAUAUUUCACACUUUGAUAGUGUUGUGAAGCAAAAUAUAGAGUAUAAACUAGUAAGGAUUAAAUAACGAUUUAUUAUUUUACUAAUAUUUCGAACGCUACGAUUUUCUAUAGGGAAAUCAAUGGUGCCCUUCAUUUGCGAUAAUUGCAUAAUUGAAAAUUAAUCAUUAGACAUUCGAUUUUUUUUUUAUUUAGCUUUUUGAAAUCGAGUAUAUGGUAUCGGUAUAUUAUUAUGAUACGGAAUUUUAUACGGAAAUUAUUCGUGGUAAAUUUUGCUUUAUUCACAAUUUAAUGAGUAGCAGUAUCAAUUGAAUGAACGACACCAUUCUCCAACAUAAAAAUUUCUAUUUACGAAACAAAUGUAAAUAUAACGUGUAUAUUGAUCAGGAACAAGUAUGGUAGCUGUUACGCGAAUAAAUGUGUCAUUCAGCAAUUGCAGCUUCAAGCUAUCCAUUGUUAAUCACGUUAUGUAAUACAAUUUGAAAUACCUGUUGUAAUAUGUCAAUACCGGUUUAAGCGAAUUUAGAUCAUUAAAUUUGAUAUAAAAUUAAUAGUAUCGCUAGUAAUGGUAUCAAAAUUUUAAGCAAAUUUGUUUAAAACACGAUCUUUUCCUUUUUUUUUUUUUUCUUUUCGAUUAUCAAAAUCUCUGUUUGAAGUAAUUGUAAUUUAUCUAUUUUUUUCUUGCGUUUACGAAAUACUGUACAUUAUAAGCUGUGAAAAUUAAAUGUAAGAAAAAAAAAAAAAAAGAAAGAAUACUGUAUUCUCAACAAAAUAUAAUA